GUUGCUUGUCAGUUUUUUAACUUUUACAGGAAAAACGUAAACUGCAGCUUCCUGCUUGGACUGCUGGUUAUUAUCCAGAUAAAUUAAGGACACUGGCUGCCAGAAGUUUGGCUUUGUUUUCUGAAAGUCAGACCAUGAAACGUCUUAAUGGAGGUCCUUUAGUGAAACACAUUAUAGAAAAAAUCCAGUCACAAAGUAACACUUCAAGAACUGUGUCUCCAAAAUUUCUCAUGUUUUCUGCCCACGAUGUUACCAUUGUGAAUGUUCUCCAAACUAUGGGGUUCACAGAGCUAUUAAAGCCACAGUAUGGUGCAGCAGUUAUCAUUGAACUUCAUUCAACAAAUGACAGUGGUUAUGAAGUUAAGGUAUUGUAUUUGAAUAAUGCUUCUGACAGUGAGCCACAUGUUCUCAACACUCCUGGUUGCACAGACAAGUGUCAUUUGCAGCAAUUUGUAGAUCUGAUGAAACCUGUUUUACCAGAUGACUGGACAGUGGAAUGUCAAAAGCUAGACAGCUAAAUAACAGAUUUUCAGCAAAGUGAUUGUACACUUAUAUUAAUAAUAAAAUAUUUCAUGCCAUAUAUGUGAUUACACUGCCUCAUAAAAUUGUACCAUAUUCAGUGUGUAUCUGAUAAA